AUACUUUAAGGGAAAAAUAAAGAAGUUUGUUAAGUAUUGGAGAAAAAUAUAGUGAUAGGCAGGACCAUUUUCAACCUAUGCUUCUGGGAUUGCUAAGAAGAUUCUAGGGUUUUAAAGAAGGAAUCAAAUAACCUACCAAGAGGAGUCAUUCCUUUUACUUAUCCCCAAAAGGUUGCAAAUUAGGUGAUCUUUACUGGAAAAUCAUGACAGAAGCUCCAAAGGCAUCUAGUGUGACUGAGUACAAUGGGGACACGUCACCCGAAAAAGAUACCACUGAAAUUAGUGAUGAGGUUUUCACCCCUGAUGACCUCAGCAAAUGUCAUGGUGCAGUUGUAAGUCUCGAAGGUUCUAUCUCCAAAGAAAAUCCAGAAGAAAGCAAAUAUUCUCGAGCAAGCAUGAUCUGCAGAGAUUUGGCUUGGUCUCUGGAAGAGAAGAAGCAUAGAGAAGAACAAACAGAGGAGGACAACUUUACUGUUCAUAAGAGAAUAGCAAGUUUCUCCCUCAAGGAAACAAGAGCUGAUGAAAUGACAUCAGAGGAAGGACUUCAGUGGGAGAAGAUUCCUCCACAUGGAAAAUUCCAGGAAACAACAAGACAGAAGGAAAGUGGCAUUGAGAAUCUUCUAGAAGGAAGAGAUGGUAGAAUUAGGAAAAACGAGGAACUCCAGGUAGGAGAAACAGAAGCCAACUUGAAGUGGCUGGGAUCUCAGCAACCCAGCAAAGAUGGAAGGAUGAUGUCCAAACAGGAUGAGGAAAUAGAGGAUGGUGAGCAGGAGAUAGAUAAUGAGAAUGGGAAUGGUGAUGAUGAGGAUGAUGAUGAAGAAGAUGAAGUCCGAUUAAUAGAAUUUAAGAAAGGAAAUGGAGGAGCUUCUCACCUCAAGGUGGAAGGUAAUGACGGUGACGACUCCCCUCUGAGCAGCCCCAGUUCACAUCCUAUGACACCAGAAGAGCUGCCAGCCUUGGGGAAGAAGAAUGAUAUUUCCAGACAUACUUAUUCAAGAUACAACACAAUAUCCUAUCGGAAAAUUAAAAAGGGGAACACAAAGCAGAGAAUUGAUGAAUUUGAGUCCAUGUUGCAUUUAUAAUUUACUUCCUCAAGACAUUUCAUUGCCCAUGCUACUUGAGUCAUCUUUUUUUUCUCAUGUAUAGUUUCAUAACAUCUGGUGGAAGCUUAACCUCUCGUCUUUCAUUUGAAAAUUGGGUGCAACUAGCCAUAGGAAGAAAACUCCAAUUUGGUCAUCUUAAAUCAAGCAGCAUUAGGUUUCUUCACUUACAUAACAGGAUUUAUACAGUUUAAAACUUUACUAAUGCAUCAUCCUGUACACCAAGUGCCACAGAUGAAUCUGGUAAUGAUCUGGCUGCAUAAUUGGGAAGGGUAGGAAGUGAAGUAACCAAAGGAACACGAUGGCUCUGCAAGGCUAUGUCCCUGUCUUGAAGUCUUUCCAACUAGAAAUCUAAAGAGCUUGGGAAGCCCAGUACUAAACUUCAGAAAUUUAUAGCUGUUGGAUAGUUCAAAUGAAGCACAUUGUUUCAUAGAAUCAUUUAAGGAAUCUUCAAGGUCUCCUUGUCCUUCCCUCGUAUUGUCCUCCUGUGAUGUGAAACUGUUAUCUUGGACUUCUGAACAGUGAAAAUUCUAUAUGCCCAGUCCCUUCGUGUUACCAUUCAUCGUGUCCCCUCGCUGGAGGGACUGAGCAUCUGUCAGCCGGGAGAGUUCCAUUUGGUAAAUGUUGGUAUUAUGUUCACCAUUGAAUCCAUCUCAUUGUCAGGCUGAUGUAUUGGGACAGGAUAGAAGAGAAGUGGGCAGCAGACCAAAGAGUUGCAUUGAAUGUUUUCACUUCUCUGGGGGUGUUUUUGUUUUGUUUAUCUAGGAAAUCUUUGCUAGCAGUUACAUUUCUUUCAAAGAUGAAAAUAUUAGCAUGAUUAAAAACAAAUAAAGCCCAUCUUUAGUAUUGUGCCUUCACUCAUUAA